AUGCUUGGAACAAGAACCAAGCAAGUCUUUUCGUAUGGGCGACGAGGACAUCGUAUUGUCAACGUCUCAGACCGCGAUGACCGAGAUUAUCUCAAAUCAAACACCAUCGAGGAAUCUCCAUUCAAGUCCACAGUGACAAAGAAGCCCAAGAAAACGGAGAAUACACUUAUUUUAUCUCCAUCUCCAACGAAGACUGUCCGUGUACAGAAGAAACCUAAACGAUCUCAGGCUUCACCUACUAUUUCUCCGUUGGCUGUAGCCAACAAACGAGCUCGAGUCCGGAAAACUCUAGAGUCGAAGAAGAUAGCAGAAUUAAAAAUGGACAAUUAUACUCCCAUCCGGCAGCCUCUUACCCCACUCCAUCCCAACAUUACGCCAGCUGCAUUGAAACACGUUCUCACGAAGAAAAAGGCGAAAGUUAAUGGUGCGAAAGGCACUCCGUUGGGAGCCAAAAAGCCCUACUCGCCUUUGGUAGACUUGGAUAUCAUUGUUAUUGAUGAUGCGGGGAGACGACUUAGCCAGGAAAGGAGGGUCUCGCGAACGAACGUUCAAGUAAAUCCAGUUACUACUAUGCCCACAAGGCGCGGGAGCAAAGUGGCAGCUAAAAUACUAAGUGUUGUCGCGACCAGCGACAGUGAAGAAGAAGAGUACACGGUCAAGCCCAUGAAGAGGCCCGCAGGGCGCAAGAAUGUCAUUGUCAUAUCUUCUGAUGAAUCAGAGCCUGAAGUUGUUUCAGAGCAUCUUGACGACAUUCCCUUGGCACAACUCCAAAGCACACCUCCCAAACCUUCUAAUCUUCCGCGAAAGCUGUCGAAGCUCCAAGUAGAAGUGAUCGUUCCCCCAGCAUCCUACCGUAUUCCUACAACGAAAACCAAACUGCCGUCUCCCCCACCUGUGCAACCUCAACCGCUCCCAUCCAUAUACCUGCCACUUGCUCCUCCUCCACUUCCUGUUACUAAACCUCGACAGCUAACUCCUAUCCGCCGUAAUGGCAGUCGGUCGUUAUAUCAAGCUCCUUACCCCCCAUCACCAUCGACCCCAACGGAUCUUGACCUUUCGCUUGAUUUUUCUCAGCUUGACAUAACCCCUUCACCCCAGCUCAACAAUAGCGCAUCGUCACCACCAGACUACCUGCUACCGCUCCUAACUGAAUGCUCACAGGAUAACCCAUACGAGUUCUCCGCGUUUAUUGAAACUUUUCCCUUCGAUCCUAUUGUCCAACCUGCAGACGCAGCAGCUACCGAUAUCAAAUUCCACAAAAUCGGGGAAGCUUCGUAUUCAGAAGUUUUUGGAAUUGGUGAUGUUGUUCUCAAAGUCAUCCCCUUGCGUGACGAGGAAGCAAAGGCUGUCUACAACGAUGUAGACACUCCCGCACCCAGCGACGCCAAGGAUGUGUUGAAAGAAAUGAUCGUAACUCGCGCCAUAGGGGAGGUUUGUGACGGUUUUGUAAAGCUACUGAGGACAUAUAUUGUUCGAGGUCGGUAUCCUUCCUUACUGCUCGAUCUAUGGGACGAAUAUAAUGAACGUAAGGGUUCCGAAAGUAUACGCCCAGAUACUUUCAGUCUUUCGCAGACUUAUGCUAUCAUCGUGCUGCCCAAUGGUGGGCCUGAUCUUGAAGCAUUUACAUUCACACACACGGCGAAGUUGGGCUGGCAUCAAGCGUGUAGUUUAUUUUGGCAAGUAGCCAUGGCUCUUUCACAAGCAGAAGAGCUCGUCAAUUUUGAGCAUCGUGAUCUUCAUUGGGGGCAGAUUUUGGUUAAAACCGUCCCUAUACCAAAAACAAAACGAUUAACAAAAAUGCCCAUGGAUGACAUCCGCUUUGGGCUAAAAGCUACCAUCAUCGACCUCGGGCUUUCACGAAUGGAUGCAAAUGAGUCUAAGACAUACUGGACUCACUUCGACGAAGAGAUAUUUGAGGGCGAAGGAGAUUACCAGUUCGAUGUAUAUCGGAUGAUGAAAGGUUACAACUUGAACUCGUGGCAGAAGUAUCGACCAUUUACUAAUGUGAUGUGGUUACAUUACCUUGUUCUUAAAUUGCUAUAUUCCAAGCGGCUCAAACCUCCUGCUCCCUCGCGACGAACCACAUCGGUCGCAAGCCGUAGUGCUCUAGGAGGGUACGAAGAAAAAGAGUGUUACGACUGCCUCCUGGAGAUGGAAGAAGUAUUAGCCAAGUGUAUAAAGACGACAAAGAAGAAGCAACCGAGUACGGUCCGCAAGGGGGGACGCAAAACUCAAGCUGUAGUUUCCACUGAGCCUGAGAGGUUUAUAUUUGAAAAUGCAGGCUGCGUCAUAAAUUAUGGUAAAUCAAAAGGGUGGUUGAAAUAAUUCCAUUGCUGUCUAAUUUUUGCUUCCGUCUGUAAUACGCUUGGUAUGCAAUGUUCUCCC